UCAUUUACUUGAUACUUCUGACAUUUAAAGUACUUUUUAAAAAGGAGGCAUUGCAGCAACAACUCAAGCUAAAAGUCGUUGAGAAUAAAAUGCCGAAAAAUUGCCAUACAAUACUCCUGGUUAGACCUGACAGUUCAACAGAGGACAAUUACACUUAUUGCGAUUUCAAGAGUCUAAAGGAAUGCCUGGAGACCCUUUGCUAUGUCUACGAAGAGCAUUUGCGCCGUCAUCAUGGGUCAAAGGGAAGCAUUGUCUAUAGCCUGGAAGAACUAUAUGAGUUUGUGGAGUCCUUUCUGGAGUUGAACUGUUUGGUCAAGGAUAAAGAAGGCGACAACUAUAUACCACAUAACAUUGAUUGGAUCAAGGAGCAACUCUUCCAAAUGUUGGGCGACAAAAGCGAGAAGAAGUUGUAGUUUUAAUUGAAUAAAAUCAGAAGCAGAAAUUUGCUCUCCUCACCUGUCAAAUAAAUGGAAGGAAACUAA